CUACUAGUAGCAUAAUUUUUCUAAAAGCUUUGCAGUAAGCUCGUGUUGUUCUAGAGUGAAGGCAAGCUCCCGCGUCGCAAAUCCCCUCUUAUCGCACCGCGUAGUAGGACGCGGCAUUUUAAGGCGCAGCGUACCCUGACCCAGACUUACGCUAACCUAGCCUUAGCCUCCCGCCAUGGGUCUGGACGGCGGAACCAUCAUCUCGCGCACCGACGUCAUCCGCGGAGCAUCGUGGCGCCUCGCCUCCAGGGACUCCGCGCGGUCCACGCGGGGGGGGCAGCUCUCCGCGGGCGACCUGCUGGGCGGGGAGGAGCGCGUGGGCGCGCGCGAGCAGCGCGAGGCCGCGUGGAGCGCGUGCGCGCUGACGGGGGAGGCGCUGAGAGAGCCAAUCGUGGCAUGCCAGCUAGGACGACUCUACAACCGCGAGAGCGUGCUACAGCUGCUGCUGUGGCGAGCUGGGGUCGUUGCAGAGGAGAGUGACAAGUGGCGCUUUUCAAGGCUGCAGGACCAUCUGCACCUCUUCGCUCACAUCCGAUCCAAGAAGGACGUUGUAACAGUGCGUUUCCAUACCGACAGCCAGCCAUCCCAGAGCAGCCGUGCUGAGUGCACCACUGGGAACGGCAGGAGUGACAGCGAUAAGAGCAACGAGGCCAAUACUGCUGCUGCUGCUGCUGCCGCCCCCAGUCAACCGAGUCCAGAGCUCACUUCGGGCUUGGCUUCUGCUCGCACUGCCACAGGCAGUGGCCUGUGCAGCAGCUCUACUGGCGGUGCCCAUGCUGCUGCCAGUGGCGGUGGCAGUGGCAGCAGCAGGGACGCGUCUCACUGGGUGUGCCCCCUCUCCGGGUCUUCUGCCAGCUCUGGUCAGCCGUGAGUCAGCUUCUCUCUCCUCCGCCCCUGUGGACAUGCCUUCACCACACGAGCUCUGGCACAGUUGAAGGAGAGUCAAUGCCCUGUGUGUGGGAAGGAGUAUGGUGGAAGCUCAGAUGUCACUCCCAUCAACCCAACACCUGACCAGGUGGAGCACUUGCAGCAACAACUCAAGACAAGAACUCGGGCCAGGAGAAAGGGAGUGCCAGCAUUAGAUAACGUUGCUUCCCAGCCCCGUGUCGACUCGCCACCGAAUAAGAAGCUGUGCAGCCGAGACAAUUUUGGGGCAUUAUCAAGCUAAAUUAGAUGUCUGUACUCUGUCGAGAGACCCGCUGGGGUUAUGCUUGAGAAGAUCCUCGGGGAAGGGCCAUAGGUGCAGAGCCUGGGGGGCUAUGGGUGCACUGACCAGCUAUUACCGUAAUCCCCCGGAUAUAACACCCUAUGGUGGAUAUAAUAAUUCAUUAAAAAAAUGACUGGGUGUUAACAGUGGGCUGGAAAAAUAUAACGCCCAUGUGUUAUGUAUAAUUCAUUUUGAAUCUGAUUGUUUCUAGGCUUAUAC